AUGAAGGUCUCAGCAGCUAUUGCUCUCCUUUCACUGGGCUACCUCCAGGGUGCCAACGCCAUCUGCAACUCGGGCGAGGUUGGCAUCGGCCGCAAGCAAACCUACCAAUGGCAAGGCACAAACAAUGUUUUGGUCAGCGACCAUUGGGUUAUUGCUGCCAACAACUGUGGUGAUAUUGGUCUCAGCGACAAGCAAUUCAAAGGCGACCCUUGCAGCGCUGGCGAAGCUUACGGCACGGGCAAUGGAGUCAACCAGUGUGGUUCCGACGGCACGCCUGGCUUCGUAUGGACUAAGGGUGGCAACUUCCACAACUGUUAUAGAGUUGAUCAGUCCUGUGCUACCGGUCCUUUCCUGUAUGAACCGAUUAAGUGGUGCUGCCAGCGCUGGUGA